AAUGAAAAUUAUUUAUUUGAAUAUUUCAAAAAAAAAUAAAAAAUCUAUGGCGUAUCAUGCUCAUAACAAGUAGUAGUAUUAAUAGUAUUUGUUUUUUAUAUCUUCUUCUUGGUCAUCAUUAAUGUCUUCUUCUACAGAAAAUGGCAAUGGUAGCCCUUUAUGGAGAGAGAUCCUAAAACUAUCUACUCUCAUAAACAUCGCUAAUUUAGAGCAUUUUGAUGUACUUACAAUCCUCUUUCUCUUACCUUUGCUUUUCGCUCCAACCAUAUAUCCUUCAUUCCACCUCGCUCUAUUUCAUCCCGAAUAUGAUUUUAUCGACAAACUUAUUCACUCCCAUAUUUCCCUCUCCAAUUUUGAAAUUAUCGCAUUCAUUAUAUGUAUUCUGUACUUUAUCCUGUUUUUCCUCUGUUCCGUAGCCACAUUUACUUACACCACUGUUCAAGUAAUCUAUGACAGACCGAUCAACGUUGUUUCCUCUGUUAAAUCUAUCAGAAAUUCGAUUUUCCCUCUUCUCUCCACUUUUAUCAUUUCUCAUACCAUUCUAAUUUCAAUCACUCUCAUUUUCACAUCCCGACUAAUUGAACUCAAAUACAAUCUGAUUUUCGUCGUACCAAUUCUGGUUUGGCUACAGGUGAAUUGGUCAUUAGCUUAUGUGGUAGCAGUGGUUGAAUCAAAACAGGGCUUCGAGACACUGAGGAGAAGCGCGUAUUUAGUGAAGGGAAUGGGGGUGAGAUCAAUAGCUUUAUCGAUGAUGCUAUAUUAUGGGCUUAUGGUUGGAGGUAUGGUGAUCGUUGGUUCGAUGCUUUUUUUCAUAAUGUGUACAUCUUAUCAGUGUAUUAUCAUCUCAGUAGGGAUAUUGCCGGUAUUAGUGAUUUCAAUAGUAAUAUCUUAUAAGACGAUGAAUCAAUAUCUUAUUGGAAACGUUCUGUUGUAUAUGUAUUGCAAUGACUUCAAUGGCGAAAAGUUUCCCUUGGAGAUUGGAGACAAUGAAUGUAGCGAUGAGUAUCAAUCACUCAACACGGUGUGAUAUUUUUUCGCGAAAAACAUUUGAACAAUAAAAUCUUUAAUUAUAUCAAAGGUGUUGGAGAAAGUAUUCCUUUGACAUUAUUUGUACCGUAUAUCUUAUUUAUGAAGGAAAUUCAGUUG